UCGUGCAUGAAACGCCGGGAACCGCAUGUGAAGCAUUAUUCGGUGAAAUAAUCUUAGUUUCUCAGGCUUCGAUCAAUCAUCGAUUUUCUCUUAGUAGCUGUCUAGUUCUCAGAUUUCCCAAACAAAAGAAAUGAGAUUUAAACACCAUAAUUUUCAUAGAAAACACCACAAUUUUUAGUUCUAUCAAUUAUGGGAUCAAGUCAGAGAGCAUUAUUAUCACUCUUGGAUCAAUGCCUCACAUUGUCACACAUCAAGCAAAUCCAAUCUCUUCUCACAGUUUCAGGUAACAUAUAUGAUCCGUUCAUAGCAAGUAAAGUAAUUUCCACUUGUGCCAUUUCAGACUUCGGCGAUUUGUACCACUCUUACCGACUCUUCCGUUGUCUACCAUGUCGAAAUACUGUGAUCUGGAACUCCAUGAUCAGAGCUUUUGAAGAAAAGGGUGAUCCCGCCACUUCUUUGUCUCUGUACACUAGAAUGCUCCAGGAUGGCUUCUUGCCUAACAACUACACUUUCUCUUUCCUCCUGAGAGCUUGUACUAAAAACUCUGCUUUAUCCAUGGGGUUUAUGCUCCAUGACCAUGUCAUCAAACUGGGUUGGGAAUCCUAUGAUUUUGUGCAAAAUGGGUUGAUACAUUUGUACGCAUCUUGCAAUAUAAUGGACCCAGCUAGGAAACUGUUUGAUUUGAGCUUCAACAGGGAUGUUAUUACUUGGACGGCUUUGAUCAAUGGGUAUGCAAAGUUGGGACAGGUGAUGGCUGCGCGAGAACUGUUUGAUCGAAUGCCCGAGAAGAAUUCAGUUUCUUGGAGUGCGAUGAUAAAUGGUUAUGUUCAAUUGGGUUUCUUCAAAGAGGCUUUGGAGCUUUUCAAUGACAUGCUUGCUUCUGGGUAUAGACCUACACCUGCAGGGAUUGUGAGUGCAUUAACAGCUUGUGCUUCACUUGGAGCAUUAGAUCAAGGAAGAUGGAUACACGCAUAUGUGGAUAGGAACAAGAUGGUGUUGGAUACAUCACUGGGUACUGCUCUUAUUGACAUGUACGCCAAAUGUGGCAGCAUUGAAACUGCUCGUAGUGUUUUCAAUAAAAUGCCCAUCAGAGAUGUAUUUGCUUUCACCUCUCUGAUUUCAGGCUUAGCCAACCAUGAUGAGAGUGCUAGUGCAGUUGAACUAUUUGACAAAAUGCAACACGAAGGAAUUUCGCCAAAUGAAGUUACAUUCAUAUGUGUCUUAAGCGCAUGCAGUAGAAUGGGAUUAGUGGAUAAAGGUUUAAGGAUAUUCAAAAGCAUGAGAGAGCAUUAUCGGAUUGAGCCAUGGGUUCAGCACUAUGGAUGUUUGGUGGACCUCUUGGGAAAAGCAGGAAUGCUGGAAGAGGCAAAACGCGUGGUAAGGAAGAUGCCAAUGGAGCCAGAUUCAUACGUUUUAGGUGCAUUACUGAAUGCUUGUAGGAUGUAUGGAAAAGUUGAGUUAGCCAUAGAGAUUUUCAUGUUCCUGAAUGACCAGAAUUUGGACCAUGGUGGAGUUCGUACUCUUCUUUCAAACACGUUGGCUUCUGCAAAACAGUGGGAAGACGUAGCGAAAGUACGAACAGAAAUGCAGGAAAAGAAGGUGAGAAAGGUUCCAGGAAGCAGCUCGAUUGAAAUAAAUGGUGCAGUUUGUGAAUUUGUAUCUGGAAAUUAUUCUCAUCACUUCACGGAAGAUAUUAUGGCGGCUUUGUUUGAGAUGGAGAAGCACUUGAAGUCUAUUUGUUUAGAAGAUGAUGGUGACGGUAAAUAAACUGAACAAGAGGUUCUUGCAGGAAGGAAUCAUUCGCAAGAGUAUAGAGUAUAGCAAGGAAGGAAACAAUGCUUUCCCAACAUUUGUUUUGUUCAACGAGCAUCUUAAACUGUAGCACUCAAGGAAUGUAGCCAUGGCCAAGGAAAUUUAAUGUUCGAAAUUGGAAUUGCUAGCAAACCAACAGGGAUGAAUGAAGAAGUAUUGAGCCUUGAAAAUGCCGCAGCUUUGAAUUUUGUAUUGCCGUCCAGUUUGAUACCAUAUGAGGGGAGUCUUCAGAUUACUGAACGUUGUGUUCUCAAGUAACAUUUGAAUGACAGAUUUUGGGACUCCGGAUUCUUUCAACAAACGAGAAGCUUGCAGACUCAUGCGCAUAGAAGCAAAGCACGCAACAUCAAACAUAAUCUUCUCACCCACGAACUUCUAGCGUACAGAUUGCAUUGAUGACGUAGACUUGGAGAUCCUCCGCAAAAGAUCCCUGAUCGGUUCAUUCACUUAGCAAAUGCGCUUUUCGAUUAAUUCAAGAACCUCAAUGGAAUCGCUACACAUUACUGUUUAAAACCCUUGUCCCUGGCAAAUCUUCUGUUAAAGGAACCAUUUGAAUUCCGCAGUACCAUUACGAAAGUGAAAUAGAAAUUCUCGA